GCGGCGGCUGGUGUGUUUGUUUUCGCCUCGUAGAUGCUGGCUGCAAUCGAGAAGCGAAAAAAAGGCAUUGAAAGCAAUAAAAACCAGAGGCCAGCGCGGCAACAAGGAGAGAAAUUAGGCGUUAGAGCGGCAGGAAACAAACGGAAAAAAAUCGCAACUAAUCACCAGGCCACUUUUGGCCAUUUUGUGGCAUAAGCGGAAACGGAAAUAGGCGACCCCAAUAUAAACAAUCAUCACAUAAAUACGUAAUCAACAAGCGGCCCCCCAAAAAAGCAGACAGCGACUCCUUGGCAGGCGGCCAACGCCACAGACCACCACUCGCCAGAAACCACCCACCAUCCCAACCACCCAACCAGCGAGCCACCCACCACAGCAUGUAAAGCCCAGUGGGCGGUGGGAGUGGCACACACAAACAGAUACCAGUUCCGAGGCGACUUUGGCUAGGUGUGGAUGAAGCGAUGUGAAGGCACAACAUUUUGCAAUAUUAAAGAACAGCAAAGGGAAGGAGGAGCCGGAGAGCAGAGGAGCAGGAGGGUCAGGUGGCGGAGGACCAGAACCUGUUGCCGACACGUCCACAAAGAGACCGGAUUGGCUGAAAGCCUGUCUGGCUGGGUGAAAGGUGAAAGCAGAGCGCCGCAACAAUGACCGUAAAUGUACUGGACUACGAUCACUUCGCCAUCAGCGCAAUCGUCGUGGGCAGUCUGCAGUUGGUCUUCUUUCUGAUCAACUCCGUGCUCCAAAUGGACAAGCUGACGGACUUUGCCGGCGGCGUGAACUUCAUCAUCAUCUCCCUGCUCACUUUUUUUCUUGGCCAAAUUGAUCGGCCUUCAAAGGCCUAUGAUAGUCGCCAGCUGAUGGUCACGCUCUUCGUUUGCCUGUGGGGCGCUCGACUCUCGGGAUACCUACUAUAUCGGAUCGUGAAGCUGGGCCGCGACAAGCAGUUCGAGGAUACCCGCCGCAACAUCAUUCGCUACGCGGUCUUCUGGACCUUCCAGGCCGUUUGGGUGUAUAUUGUGUCACUGCCUGUAAUAAUAAUCAAUUCACCGCGCCACUCGCAGCCGCGUGCUCCGAAGACCAUGACCACACUGGACUCCACGGGCACGGGCAUGUUCAUCGUGGGAUUGCUGGCGGAGACCUAUGCGGAUCUGCAGAAGUUCUCCUUCCGCCAGGAUCCGGCCAAUCAGGGCAAGUUCUGCAAUGAUGGACUGUGGAGCGUGUCGCGGCAUCCGAACUACUUUGGCGAAGUGGUCAUCUGGUGGGGCAUCUUUGCCAUAUCGCUGAACGUGAUCAGUGGCCACGAGUGGGUGGCGAUUGCCUCGCCCAUUUUCACCACGAUGAUCAUCCUCUUUUUGUCGGGGAUUCCCCUUCGCGAACGAAGUGCCGAUGAGAAGUACAAAGACCAACUGGAGUACCGGAAGUACAAAGCCUCCACCUCGCCGCUGAUACCAGUGCCACCUGCCGUCUACGUGGAGGUGCCCAGUGCCCUGAAGUUCAUCCUGUGCUGCGAGUUCCCCAUCUACGACUCCAUGCGCAUCCAGAAGGACCUCAGUCCCUACUCGCUCUCCAUUGCCCGCUCCCACUCGCACAUCUAGCAGUCAGUGGCCCACU